AAAAACUACAAUCCCAUGAUUCCGUUCGCGGUGCAUCUUACACCCUCACUCCGCUCUGCAGCGCUUUCUGCUUUGACAUCAGCUGUUGUUCCUACAGAGGAGCAGCAUCCAGCUGGAAGAAGCCGAGAGGAGCUCUCAGUCCGGGCUAUGAUGCUGCUGUUCGUCGCUGUCGCGGGCCUCGGAGCGGUGACGUUACUGGUGCUUUUAUUCUCCACACACAUCCGGAGCUAUGCAGCAGGAGGAGUGUGCAUGUCCACAGCUCCUCUGGAGGGAAAGACAGUCCUCAUCACUGGAGCCAACACGGGGAUCGGGAAGGAGACCGCCCUGGACAUGGCAGUGAGAGGCGCUCGGGUGAUCAUGGCGUGUCGAGAUGUGGACAAAGGGGAGGAAGCGGCGGCCAGUAUACGAGCGGCGUGUCCCCGAGCCGACGUGGAGGUCCGGGAGCUGGACCUGGCAGACACCUGCUCCAUACGAGCCUUCGCACAGAAGUUCCUGAGAGAGGUCAACGAACUUCAUAUCCUCAUCAAUAACGCCGGCGUGAUGAUGUGUCCUUACAUGAAAACUAUCGACGGCUUUGAGAUGCACAUCGGAGUCAACCACUUAGGUCACUUCCUGUUGACGUCCCUCCUCAUUGGGCAGCUGAAGCGCAGUGUGCAUGCCCGGAUCGUCGUGGUCUCCUCUCUGGCUCACAACUUCGGCUGGAUCCGAUUCCACGACCUGCACAGCCAGGGGAGCUACAACAGCGGCUUGGCGUACUGCCAGAGCAAACUGGCCAACGUGCUCUUCACCAGAGAGCUGGCCCGGAGACUCAAAGGUACCAACGUGACGGUGAACUCGGUCCACCCGGGGACGGUGAACUCCGACCUCACCCAGACAUUCGACCCUGAUGACGAUAUUCUUCACCGUCUUCUCCACGUUCCUGAAAACGCCGCGAGAAGGAGCGCAGACGAGUAUCUACUGUGCGGUGGCGGAGGAGCUGCACUCCAUCUCUGGGAAACACUUCAGCGACUGUGCCCCCGCCUUCGUAGCCCCACAGGGCAGGAGUGAGGAGACGGCGAGGAGACUGUGGGACAUCAGCUGUGAACUUCUGGGAUCGA